UCAGAUGUGUCCAAAUGAAUGCAUCCUCAUCCACCACCGGUCCAUUGUUUCACGAAUGGGGAAUCGGGGGCGAAAACCAGAGCGUGUGGAAGCGGCGGCGGCGGUGAGCUCGCAGGGUUCGUGUAUACUUGCGUCGGUGGAAGUUAUCUAGGAGCAGCUGAGCCGCACCAUGGCGAUGGAUUUUCCAAUCGAUCCGGUCGACAGUGGAUGCAGGUUACCCAUCUUCCCGGAGGAGGCAGGGAGCGUGGUAGCUCACAUCGGUGGUAUGUUUGGAGCCGGACUUGGUGCAGAUGAAGAAUCGGCAAACGGGUCCCGUGGGGAACGGGGGGAGGCGGCCAACGAGGAGUCGAGGAGCAGUGAGAUUCUGGGUGCACCUUGUCGGGGCAGAUUGGGAGUGUUGCCCCCCUACAAGGCACAACCGAGUGUGGCGGCUGGUGGUGGCGCCGUGUCGUCUGCUUUCAGCCAGAGCGAGGGGGGUAGCGCAGAUGUCAUUGAGCAUGGAGUCACUAAAGGCCCCGUCAAUGGAGAUCAGUUGGCUCUAAUUGAAAGCGUGCUGAGAGUGAUGAUGCAGCAUCCGCUCAGUCUACUCGCAACAUGGAUCUGCAAGCCCCAAGUUGGACUAGAAGGGCAAGAGUAGAGAACCAUCCACUGGACAGAACGCCAUGCCUGGAAAGAAUUGGCGCACUAGAGUAAAGGAUUAGGGGGAAUUCAGAUAAGUUGGGUAAGCAUGUGGCGUAGCCUGCUAUUGGGCUAACAUUCGACUCUCGGUGAGCUCGUUCUCUCUUGUGCCGCACCGCCGUGGAUAGAAGUGCCACAGGGCCUCCGUGGAGGUCCAGCAAUGUCAAGAUAGAGGAAAGAGAGUCAGCACGGCUGCGGGUUCCUUUUUGAUUAUCUCUUGUACUGCUCGAUUCCAUCAUAAGUUAGUAGUAAGCUCUCUGAUUUUAAGGCUGACAGAUUGCAAAACAUUUCAGUUCUUUGCAAUCGUUAGUGCUGUGUAAAUGAUUAGUACAUCUACUGAAAUUUUAUGCUAGGUGCUAAAUAAUUUCUGUUUUGAUUGGUUCUGAAUUUCAAUGGCAAGUGCUAUUAAAUUAUUAGGUUUUUGCGUGUUUAAUUUCUUCCUGCAUGAUAGGUUCAGUUAUUCUUUUUAUAAUUUAGUUUUGAGAAUCUAAAUAUUUAGAGUACUUAGUGCACUGCUAUUAUUGCCUGUGUUGAAAAUUGCAAGUGCCCUUUCCGAAAUUGAAGAUCAGUGAGAUGGGCUAGCAUGCAUUGGAAGACAGGCCAUCAAGUGCAGCACACAAGGGCAAUGAAAGGAUACUAGAUGAGGGUGAUGGUGGGCAACAAGUGCAAGAAGAUACACUAGCUGGUCUCGGCACACAAAGAAGCGGGGCGGCCGACCAACAGCCGAGAAAGCACCAUACGAAGCACUGAAUAAGAGAACUCGAUUUUGCAGCAUCUGUAGAGGCAAAGGGCACAAGAAGACCACCUCUCCGGAAAGAGGCAACUUGCCGAAGAAAUGAAGGAAGCCAAAUGCAGCAAUUGUGGCGUCACCGGGCACAUGAAGAAUACUUGCACAAAUCUAGGCGCUGUCAAGCUUCAAAUUGCACCUUGAUAUCUGGGUGCAGAAUUCUUUUUUUAAAUAUAAUUGUUUUUCACAGUUGAACAACACCCCAAUAUUAGAUUAGUUGUAUGUGUGGUAUUAUUGGAGAAGUAAACCACCCAAGAUCGCAUUAGUAAUUUCUUAAUAGGCUAGGUUUUUUAAGUCGUUGCUGUAAAAAAUAAAACCAGUGUUGGCUGGACACUGUUGGAUGUGCACAUGCUGCGACUGUAGCUA